GGAAGUCGGGGACGCGCUGGCUCGCAGCAAAGGAGGCCUCGGCGUCGGGUCGGGUCCGGGUCGCCAUGGGGCGCGGCAGCGGCACCUUCGAGCGUCUCCUAGACAAGGCGACCAGCCAGCUUCUGCUGGAGACCGACUGGGAGUCCAUCCUGCAGAUCUGUGACCUGAUCCGCCAGGGGGACACGCAGGCAAAAUAUGCUGUGAGUUCCAUCAAGAAGAAAGUCAGUGACAAGAACCCCCACGUGGCCCUGUAUGCCCUAGAGGUCAUGGAGUCCGUGGUGAAGAACUGUGGCCAGACCGUCCACGACGAGGUGGCCAACAAGCAGACCAUGGAGGAGCUGAAGGAGCUGCUGAAGAGGCAGGUGGAAGUCAACGUCCGAAACAAGAUCCUGUACCUGAUCCAGGCCUGGGCGCACGCCUUCCGGAACGAGCCCAAGUACAAGGUCGUCCAGGACACCUACCAGAUCAUGAAGGUGGAGGGACACGUCUUCCCGGAGUUCAAGGAGAGCGAUGCCAUGUUCGCUGCGGAGAGGGCCCCCGACUGGGUGGACGCCGAGGAGUGCCACCGCUGCAGGGUGCAGUUUGGGGUGGUGACCCGCAAGCACCACUGCCGGGCCUGCGGCCAGAUCUUCUGCGGCAAGUGCUCCUCCCGGUACUCCACCAUCCCCAAGUUCGGCAUCGAGAAGGAGGUGCGUGUGUGCGAGCCCUGCUACGAGCAGCUCAACAAGAAAGCGGAUGGCAAGGCCCCCCCUACGACGGAGCUGCCCCCGGAGUACCUGACCAGCCCCCUGUCGCAGCAGUCCCAGCUGCCCCCCAAGCGGGACGAGACGGCCCUGCAGGAGGAGGAGGAGCUGCAGCUGGCCCUGGCGCUGUCCCAGUCGGAGGCCGAGGAGAAGGAGAGGAUGAGACAGAAGUCGGGGUACACAGCGUACCCCAAGGCGGAGCCCACGCCUGUGACCUCGUCCGCACCCCCCGCCAGCAGCCUGUACGCGUCACCCGUGAACUCGUCGGCGCCGCUGGCUGAGGACAUGGACCCCGAGCUCGCCCGGUACCUCAACCGGAACUACUGGGAGAAGAAGCAGGAGGAGGCUCGGAAGAGCCCCACGCCCUCCGCCCCCGCGCCCCAGGCGGAGCCCGCCGCCCAGCCCGUGGAGGCACACGCAGCCCCUGCGGCCGCGGUGGAGACUUCCCUCCCAGAGACGGACCCUCAGCCCCUAACCUCCUCCGGGGGCCUCUUCAGCGAGUGUGCCCGUCCCCAGCAGCAGUUCCAGAACGGGGAGUCGGAGGAGAGCCACGCGCAGUUCCUGAAGGCCCUGCAGAACGCCGUCAGCACCUUCGUCAACCGCAUGAAGAGCAACCACGUGCGCGGCCGCAGCAUCACCAACGACUCGGCCGUGCUGUCCCUCUUCCAGUCCAUCAACAGCAUGCACCCCCAGCUGCUGGAGCUGCUCAACCAGCUGGACGAGCGCCGGCUGUACUACGAGGGGCUGCAGGACAAGCUGGCGCAGAUCCGAGACGCCCGGGGGGCGCUGAGCGCCUUGCGGGAGGAGCACCGCGAGAAGCUGCGCAGGGCGGCGGAGGAGGCGGAGCGCCAGCGCCAGAUCCAGCUGGCCCAGAAGCUGGAGAUCAUGCGGCAGAAGAAGCAGGAGUACCUGGAGGUGCAGAGGCAGCUGGCCAUCCAGCGCCUGCAGGAGCAGGAGAAGGAGCGGCAGCUGCGCCUGGAGCAGCAGAAGCAGACCAUCCAGAUGCGCGCCCAGAUGCCCGCCUUCUCCCUUCCCUAUGCCCAGCUCCAGGCCAUGCCCACGGCGGGUGGCGUGCUGUACCAGCCCUCUGGCCCCACAAGCUUCCCAGGGACCUACAGCCCGGCAGGCUCGGUGGAGGGCUCCCCCAUGCACACCGUGUACAUGAGUCAGCCGGCCACGGCCGCCGGCAGCCCCUACCCCAGCGUGCCCGGGGCCGGAGCAGAUCCCAGCGUGGUGAGCACCUACAUGUACCCAGCAGGGGUCACUGGCGCACAGACAGCCCCCCAGGGCCCAGCGGGACCCGCCGCCAGCCCAGCCUACUCCUCCUACCAGCCCACCCCCACCCAGGGCUACCAGACGGUGCCCUCGCAGCCCCCGCAGCCCGCCAGCGUGGGCUACAUGGGGAGCCAGGCGGUGUCCAUGGGCUACCAGCCCUACGGCAUGCAGAACCUCAUGGCCGCCCUCCCCAGCCAGGACGCAUCACUGCAGCCCCCGCCGCAGCCCUACAUCUCGGGGCAGCAGCCCAUGUACCAGCAGAUGGCACCUGCUGGCGGCCCUCCGCAGCAGCCUCCGCCCGUGGCCCAGCAGCCGCCCGCGCAGGGGCUGCAGGUGCAGGGCAGCGAAGCCCAGCUCAUCUCCUUCGACUGACCUACCAGGCCAGCGCUGCCCAGAGUAACACUACAUCCCGAGACCGCCGCCUCCGUCUGACUAGCGUCCUGUCCCCUCCUCGCGCUCCCCUCCUCCAUGUAGCGCCCUGCCCCCAGCCCGCCUUUCUGUCCUCACCCCUCAGGCUCCACCCUCCUGUCCCUGAAUUGUCCUCCGACCUGCUUCCCCAUGGCCGGGCCUGGGGGGGCGGGGGAGCCCCAGCCUGGGUGUCAGGUCCCUCUGCCCCACCCCAGAGCCCUCUAGGACCCCCCCAGAGCUGUCAGCAGGGGCUCCUGGCCCCACAGGAAGGGGGGCUAGUCUCCAGCUUCUCUGCUUCUGAGCUGUCAUGUCACCCAGUGCCCAGUAGACGGAAUGGAUCGGCCAUAAUAAAGUCUCUUCAACAAGAA